AGGCAGGGUGGGAUGGGAUGUGGUCAGGGCUGUGGUGUUUCUCUGAUUACAUUGGAGUUUCUCUGGAAUUUAGACUGUGCUUUCCCCUAUUUACUGCCACCUGGUGACAUGGUACUGCUUCCUCUAGGUACCAAGUGGAGUUUCAUACUUAAAACAGGACUCCUAGGCCCCAGAGCCUCAGCCGGCCCACUGCCAUCUCACUCCAGCUUCUGUGCCCUUCCUCAAGCUUCAGCAUGUUUCUUCCCCGCUAUGCUGGUGUGAAAGGGCCACAGCACUGGCCUAAGAGUCUGUCCCAGAGGGAUUCGAGUCUCUGCUACUUCUUGGUUGCUUAUCAUGCCCAUUUGCUUAGUCUUUGAGUCUUAAUUUCAUCAUCUGAACAAUGGGAGUGAGGACGCUGACCUUCCAGAGGGGGCUGUAAGGAAUAACAUGAUGUGGCGAGUUGGGUGAGUGAGCCGAGCCAGGCAGCACUGCAGGUUUGGGAAAUGAGGACCUGCUCGCCCUGCCCUCAAGGGAGUCGUUCCAUACAGGGGAUGUGGGAAGAAUAUUCACAAGGCACAGGAGUUCACCCCAUCAGCCACGAGCCAGUAGAUCGACCAGACCAGACAGCAAAGGGAAGAAAUAUGCUCUAAGUCUCAGAAACCGUCUGAAUGUCCCCUUCUAAUGUCCGGUCGCUCUCAUGCUGAUUCACAAACAAAUGGGGGGCAUUAAUUGAAUGCAUGUUUGAAGGCCAAGUACAGGUAACCUGGAGGAACAGUAAGUCAAAUCUCCUCAGAAGGAAGGAGAGCGGGCUCUGGGGAACCUGCUAGAUGGGGGUAAGCCAAGCGUGUGAGUUCAGGCAGGUUUCUCCACCUCUCUGUGCCUCAGCUUUCUCUCCUGUGAAAUGGAGCCAAUACUGGCUUCCAUGUAAAGUUCUUGCAGGGAAUUGAUGAGCUAGGGCGGGGAAACUGCUUAGCACUUAGGAAAUACUCAGUAGACACUAACAAAAAUAAUGUUGCCGUCUUGGUGUUUUAACUUAGGAUCUGUGAAGAGCAUCCAGAUGCCGGAUGCUCCCUGGUCCACUUUUGCUUUGAGUUUCAGGUAGCCGUUCUCCUCUCUCCGCGUGGUUAGAAGAGGAACCUCACUUCCUGGCUGUCCCCUCCUCGUGGGCCUCAGCGUGUGGGUGGUCUCGACUGAGCCACCGCUUCCGCCUGGAGAUCUGGGACCUCACAUGGUGGAGAAGCAGCCCCAUGAAGGUGCCCAGCCAUGCAAUGUUCCUGGAAGGCCGUCCUCCUCCUUGCCCUGGCCUCCAUCGCCAUCCAGUACACGGCCAUUCGCACCUUCACCGCCAAGUCCUUCCACACCUGCCCGGGUCUGGCGGAGGCGGGGUUGGCCGAGCGGCUGUGCGAAGAGAGCCCCACCUUCGCCUAUAACCUCUCCCGCAAGACUCACGUCCUCAUCCUGGCCACCACGCGCAGCGGCUCAUCCUUCGUGGGCCAGCUCUUCAACCAGCACCUGGACGUCUUCUACCUGUUUGAGCCGCUCUAUCACGUCCAGAACACGCUGAUCCCCCGCCUCACCCAGGGCAAGAGCCCCGCGGAUCGGCGGGUCAUGCUGGGAGCCAGCCGUGACCUCCUGAGGAGCCUCUACGACUGUGACCUCUACUUCCUGGAGAACUACAUCAAGCCGCCGCCCGUCAACCACACCACCGACAGGAUCUUCCGCCGUGGGGCCAGCAGGGUACUGUGCUCUCGCCCCGUGUGCGAGCCUCCGGGCUCCGCGGACCUGGUGCUGGAGGAGGGGGACUGCGUGCGCAAGUGCGGCCUGCUGAACUUGACGGUGGCCGCCGAGGCCUGUCGGGAGCGCAGCCACGUGGCCAUUAAGACGGUGCGGGUGCCCGAGGUUAACGACUUGCGGGCCCUGGUUGAAGACCCCCGGUUAAACCUCAAGGUCAUCCAGCUGGUCCGAGACCCACGUGGCAUUCUGGCUUCCCGCAGCGAGACCUUCCGCGACACGUACCGGCUCUGGCGGCUCUGGUACGGCACCGGGAGGAAGCCCUACAACCUGGACGUGACGCAGCUGACCACGGUGUGCGAGGACUUCUCCAACUCCGUGUCCACCGGCCUCAUGCGGCCCCCGUGGCUCAAGGGCAAGUACAUGCUGGUGCGCUACGAGGACCUGGCCAGGAACCCCAUGAAGAAGACCGAGGAGAUCUACGGCUUCCUGGGCAUCCCCUUGGACAGCCACGUGGCGCGCUGGAUCCAGAACAACACGCGGGGAGACCCCACCCUGGGCAAGCACAAAUACGGCACCGUACGAAACUCGGCGGCCACGGCCGAGAAGUGGCGCUUCCGCCUCUCCUACGACAUCGUGGCCUUUGCCCAGAAUGCGUGUCAGCGGGUGCUGGCGCAGCUGGGCUACAAGAUGGCCAACUCGGAGGAGGAGCUCAAGAACCCCUCCAUCAGCUUGGUGGAGGAGCGGGACUUCCGCCCCUUCUCGUGACCAGGGCUCUGUGGGUGGGGGCGAGGGGGACACGGUGUCGGUUUUGAUAAAAUGGACCGUUUUGAACUGUUGCCUUAUUUCCCCCUCCCUCUCCCACCCCGUCUUUGUGUCCUCCCUGCGCCCUGUCCAGACCCCGCUUCCUCUGCCUCUCUUUGUCUCUGAAAUUUGCACUAAGUCUUGGACAGGAAUCUCUGGGGCAGAGGGGGCCUGAAGUGGGGUCCAGCCCCAGCCCCACCCCGUUCAGACACAAGGAUGUGUGUCUCUGGUAGAUGGUGACAAUGUUUACAAGCACCGCACUUACACAUUCACAUAUGCGCGCACACACACGGGCACCUGAGAGGAGAGACACCCCAAACCACACAACUUCUGAAGCUUCUCCAAUGGACGAGUGGCGAGGGUAUGGUAGUUUUUGCACUGUCUUACUUCUACGAGGUAAGGAGUUAAAAACAAAAAGGCCACCUCUCUCUAAUUUAUGAAUGGCGUUUAUCCCUCCCCGUCCUGCUUCUGUCCCCCAAUGCCCACUGCCCCUCCCUCCCUUGGAGCAGAGAAACUGCCCCCUCCUGCCCGCCCUUGCCUGUCAGGUGAGCAGGUUUUUACUGUGAGGUGAAUGUGGACCUUGUUUAUUUUUUCCAGUCUGUGGCAAUGCUGUUCGUCUGUCUGAGUCUUGUGACUGCCCCUGGACUAGUGACGGCUGAUAAAUGUUAUGGUUUUCUGAUUGAUCUUGGGGUCCAUCUGUGAUAUUUCUUUGUGCCAAAAAGAAAAAAAAAAAAAGAGUGGUUCAAUUUGCUAAAUGAACAUUGAAAUGCUUUAUCUGUGUUUUCUGUAAAUAAAAGAGUGCAAUAA